AUUGAUAACAGCAAACAUGACUGAACCAGACCCACACGGAUUCUCCGAAGAUUUCGGAACAAUCGAAAUCUUUGGUAUCCCAUUUUCAACAUUCACACGUAGUAUUGUGAUGGGAUUGGAAGAAUUCGGAUUAGGAAAUUGUUUCAUUCAACAUCAUACACCACCUCAUUCAGGUGAAGUACGUCAACGUAACCCAUUUGGACUUUUACCUGUGCUGGUUCAUAGACCAAAUGCAAUUUAUUCUUCAAGCGAUGACACUGUUAUCUUGUACGAAAGUAACGCAAUCAGAAGAUACAUCGAUGAAAGUUUAGGUUUGCAAGCAAAUCAAAAAUUCAAACACAAAGUUGAAUUAACACCUCCGGCUGCAAAGUCCACACCUAUGGAACGUGCAAGGGUGGAUCAAUGGGUCAGUGUUGCUGCUACAGUCAUCUUCCCUGCCGUCGAAUUAGGCGUUGUCAAGAGAAGAUUGGCAAUGGAAGGUAAUAGUGCCGAUGAUGAGUCAAUCACUUUGGCUUUGGACACAGGUUUAGAAAAGCUUCAUGAUAGACUCGCAAUCGUUGAGCAAAUGUUCAAUCAACCAUUUUCGGGAGAUUACAUUUGUGGAAACAAUGUCAGUUGGGCUGAUUUGUUUGCUUAUCCUCCUUUGGCUGAUUUACGUGCAAUCAAAGAAGGUGAGCCAAUCUUGCGUAGCGGCAAGGAUGCCCUUUAUCCCAAGUUGAACGCAUGGAUGGAUCGUAUGGAACAACGUGAAAGUGCAAAGAAGACUUAUCCUGGAACAUUGGCUUCACAGAGAAAGAAGAAUUGAAGGGG